UUUGUGUCUUUCCUUCAAAGUAAAGCCUUUCCCUUUCUCAAACCGGUAGCCUUUAUGAGGAGAAAGAAGGAGAAACCCUGCGAAGAAUUCCACUUUUGAGGAGCCUCUCUUUUAGAAACAAAAAUCCUUGAUUUGGGUUGGAAUCAACAUGACAAACAAAACUUCCUAAAUUUUCACCUUUGAGACUCUCUCCAACCAACCUUCAUUUUCAUGGUGGGAAAGUAAAGUUGGAGGAGGUUGUUGUGUCAAUGACAAAAGUACCCCUUGAGAGGGUCGUUUACUACAUUUUAUGCCAUGUUUGGGGUGGGUCUUUUUGGUCUAAUGUGUUUGAUUUGUAUAAUAUUAUCCACCGACGGCUCCUUAAUUGGACUUAAUAGUUAGCCGUUACACGCCAAUUCCCUCACUUUCAUCAACACCCUUUAUCAUCAACCAUGAUUUGGAAUUUCCAAAGGGCAUUAAAUGAUUACUUGCUCUAAAGUAAGGGAAAGAAAGCCUCGUGGGGCAUCUUUAGCUUUGUUGACAUCAAUUCAAUUUUACUUCACCACCACUCUGUCCAAAUUUGAAAUCAUGGUGGAAGCUAGUAAAGCUGCAGUAGCAGUUGAUGAUGCUUGUUCAAGAGAGAACUGGUUGUUGCAUGCACAGGAACUUGUUCCUGUGGCUCUUGCUAAUGCAAAAGAGGUUAAAGUGUUCCCUGGUAGGUGGAAGAUGAUCAUUUCAAAAUUAGAGCAGAUUCCGUCUUGUUUAUCGGAUUUGUCUAGCCACCCUUGUUUCUCCAAGAACGCUCUUUGCAAGGAGCAAUUGCAGGCUGUGUCAAAGACACUUAAAGAAGCCACUGAAUUGGCAGAGUUGUGUGUGAAGGAGAAGUACGAGGGUAAGCUUCGGAUGCAGAGUGAUCUUGAUGCAUUAACAGGGAAACUGGAUUUGAAUUUGAAGGAUUGUGGUCUCUUGAUCAAGACCGGUGUGCUAGGUGAAGCUACUCUGCCAUUAACCGUGUUAGGUUCUAUGGCAGAAUCAGAUAUUGCAACACACAACAGCAUAAGAGAACUUCUAGCACGCCUUCAGAUUGGUCACUUGGAAGCAAAGCACAAAGCUUUGGACAGACUCUAUGAUGUUAUGAAAGAGGAUGAGAAGAAUGUUUUGGCUGUUCUUGGCAGGAGGAACAUUGCUGCUUUGGUUCAAUUGCUCACAGCAACAUCUCCAAGGAUAAGGGAGAAGACAGUUACUGUUAUAUGCUCUCUGGUGGAAUCUGGGAGCUGUGAACAAUGGUUAGUUUCUGAAGGAGUUCUUCCACCUCUUAUUAGACUUGUUGAAUCUGGUAAUGCUGUAAGUAAAGAAAAGGCUAUAGUGUCUCUUCAGAGAUUGUCAAUGUCAGCAGAAACAACACGUGCAAUUGUUGGACAUGGUGGUGUUCGGCCAUUGAUUGAGCUUUGUCAGAGUGGAGAUUCAGUGUCACAGGCUGCAGUUGCAUGUACUUUGACAAAUGUAUCAGCUGUUCCUGAGGUGAGACAGGUUUUGGCUGAAGAAGGGAUUGUAAGUGUUAUGAUCAAUCUUCUUAGCUGUGGAAUUUUGUUAGGUUCCAAAGAGUAUGCAGCAGAGUGCUUGCAGAAUCUCACUUCAAGCAAUGAGCAUUUGAGAAAGUGUGUUAUAUCAGAAGGUGGUGUUAGAAGUCUUCUGACAUAUCUUGAUGGUCCACUUCCUCAAGAAUCUGCAGUUGGGGCAUUGAGGAAUCUGGUUGGAUCAGUUUCUGAGGAAACUUUGGUGUCUCUGGGUUUGCUUCCCCGUUUGGUUCAUGUUCUGAAGUGUGGAUCUUUGGGUGCUCAACAUGCUGCAGCUUCUGUCAUUUGCCGAGUUUGCAGCUCAAUGGAGAUGAAGAAAAUGGUGGGUGAAGCUGGGUGCAUCCCUCUUCUUAUAAAGAUGCUUGAGGCUAAAACAAAUGCUGCUAGAGAGGUUGCUGCUCAAGCAAUUUCAAGCCUAAUGGUUCUGUCUCAGAAUCGGAGAGAGGUUAAGAAAGAUGAUAAAAGUGUGCCAAAUCUUGUGCAGUUGCUUGAUCCAAGCCCUCAGAACACUGCCAAAAAGUAUGCAGUUUCGUGCCUUGGAUCACUUUCUCCAUGUAAGAAGUGUAAGAAACUGAUGAUUUCGUAUGGAGCAAUCGGGUAUCUGAAGAAGCUUACGGAGAUGGAGAUUCCAGGAGCUAAAAAGCUUCUUGAGAGGUUGGAAAGAGGGAAAUUGAGAAGCUUGUUCAGCAGAAAGUAGAGGAACAUCAUUGAAAGUUGCAAAUGAGACUAUUUGUAUCAUGAAGCUUUUUCUUUGUUACUUUUGUUCUUGUCAAUGUUGUUUCAUUGUCUAUAUGAAACAAGUAGCUUAGAGUGUAAACUAUUUGUAAUCUGUGCAAUCAAUGUUUAUUGAUAUAAUCUUUUUUAUCUUUCUGUA